AUGUUUGCAUCACUGAAGGAAGUAAGAUCAAGACGAAUAAAUCUGAAGCUUUCGAAGACGAUUACGACUACCUCUUCGACUACCUCUACACUCUUAUGUUCAGAAAAAAUUUUAGCUAACUCUGGUAUCUUACGAAUAGACGGGGGACUGGUACUUUAUCAUGUACAUACAGAAAGAAUUUAUUGCACAAAAGCCGACUACCACAUCGCCCUUACUGAGGAUAUUUUGGAAAAUGAUGCGAAACUGCGCCGAGGUGUAAAGAAAGUGAUUGUGGGUUUGUUGAAGGAUAAGAUAAAAGUUGAUGACACAUCAGAUAGUGAGGACAAAAAGAUUUUAUUAUGCCUGUACAUUAGCAUAGAUAUCACGUAUCGCAGGCUGUGA